UUUCUUAUUCUUCCUACCAUAAAAAUUCCUGCACACAGGAGUGUCAUAACAAUUUUCCAGUAAUACGAAUUUAUUAUUGCGUCUGCGAUGCAAGACAAUGUGAGUGUGACAUCACAUAGGUAGAAUUGUUAACCAAGCUAUUGCAUGAGUCUAUAAUGCAUCGUACAAUUUAUGUGUGAAGGUUUGUGAAUUUAUUUCCGUAGAUAGUACAGGCAAGCGGCCUUUCAUAUUACGGUUGUCUCGCCCGAGGUAUUUACUCGAUUUUUACAGCUGCACAGCGAGAUUCGAUAUUUUAUUAGUACUGCUUUUUAACCUUCGAGAUCGAGAUAUUUCCAGAAGGAUCGAAAAGCUGCAAGUGGACCACCUGGACGAGCUCUACUUGCACCACUUGAUGUAAUAACUUUCGUUUGUAUAGUCCGUUUCCACCAGCGCCAGCAAUUUCUAUUUUUUUUUUACUCUGCUUACCCGGUGGAGGAAUUGGAGGAGCUUGCUUUUCAAACCAGCACCGGAGUUGUAAAGCCGCAGGGAAAGAACAAUAAGAACCACAUCAAACAACUUCAACAGCAGCCGAUGAACCCAGUGCCCCUCGUCCUCCUUCUCACGUAGUAGAACAAAUGGGUGGUUGUGUUGCGAAAUCUGCCGGCAAGGCAACUUCCCCCACGGGGAUCUUCCGCUCUUUCUCCAAAGAGAAGCAGGACGAUUUGGAUGCGCGGACCAUUCCGGGCGUCGGCUACCACUUUUCCCUGACCAGUCUUUCCAGCGAGAACAUCGGCCGGCUCGAGGAUUACCCCUCCGACCCGGCGCUGCUCGCGCCGGAUGACGGCUGGCAGGUGAGAAGGAACGUGUUCCUCGACCCCUUUCCGACCUACGUCUUCGCCCGGACUCCGGCUUACGAAACGUUGCAGGAGGCGCUGCAGAUGUGUAUUGUUCUGAAGGGCGGGGGCGUGACAAAAACCGUGGCGGAUAGCACGAAUGGCGGGACCCGACUCUUCGAGGUCCGCGCCGGGUCGAAGAUGCGACCCAGUCCCCUGGGGGAAAUCUCCUGGGUACCCUACCCAACGAAAUUGUGCCGGGACGAGGACGAUAGCUAUCUGUUGAAACUCGUGGAAGUGCAGUCCGAGAUUUCCCACGACCUGUCGCUUUCCCGGGACACGAGCAAGGGUAUGGACGGUUUGUUCGACAAUUCUGCUCCGGUGGAGCUCUCCGAGCGCGGCAGGUCCAAUAUCACACAGAAAAAAACUGGCAGGUCACAUUUGUAAUGCAAAAAAAAAAAACUGUAUUGCAUAUCCGAAACAGCAUGCUAUGGAGCCACAUAUGACAGAUUUUUUUGUGUAUUUAUUUUUGCAUUACAAAUAUGCCCUGCCAGCUUUUUUCUGUGUGAUAUCCAACUCCGCGCGGGCGACCUCGGGGCAGACCCCGUACGUGACGAUCAUCAAGCCCAUGGACGAAGCCACCGGGAUCCCGAUGCUGCCGGAUAUCCUGAGUAAAAACGUACCCACACCAGAGUUGUAAUGCAGAUUCGCAAAGACAGGAAGACUUGUAAUGCGCAUCCCCAUGAGAGCCAUUUCCAAUCGUGUUUUGGAAUUCGUGAUGCUGUGAACAGGAUGAGCAGCUGGAUUUGUGAUGCGGCUGCACUUGCUAACCUGCACUACACUGCAGAGCUCAACUUGUCAUGCGUGACUCACAAAACUCCUAGGUUUGUGUUGCAAAAUCCUCAUCCUAACUCUGGCGUGGGUACGUUUUUACUCAGGAUACCGGGCGCGCGGUCCCUACCGGCGGCGGUGAACGGACCGGUGCUGAACAAUAUUGCGCCGGGGUCGGAUAUGGAUCUGUCAGGAUUGAAAUCGUCAAAGUUGAAAUGAUUUGCCAUGCAUAAAAUGCAAGGCAUGAAGUGCCUGUCUUGCUGGGAUGGCAAGUGAGGCAGAUAAUUGUGAGCCUAUUUAGGGUCGUUUGGGAUAGAGCUGCUAAAGGAGCAUGACAAAAGCAAUCUUCUGUGCCCAAACAGCAUGAUAAAUUGGAUUCCGGUGGUGCUCCGAAAAUUUGUCAUGCGCCGCUUUGAAAUUGCUCUUCCAACUGGUAUCCAUUUUAUGCAUGGCAAAUCAUUUCAACUUUGUCGAUUUCAAGCCUGACGCUUCCAUAUCGGACGCCGCGGCGUUGGAGGAAUCCUUGGCGCGGGAGAAGAAGCGGGUGCUGGAAAGCUGGGCGAAAAUCGAGCUGGACUUUGCGGCGAGGGCGUGCCCGGUGAAAUUGAAAAUCCAGAGCCACGACAAGUUCAUCGCGGGGGUCUACGGGCUGGUGCCGGAAAAGCGCCACAAUAACAACCCCAUUUGGCGAAAGGAAAACACGAAUCCCAGUCACAAGAACAGGGAGAGGGGGAAACGUAUAAAAGAAUUUGAUAGGAUAAAAUAAAAUUUGCAGCCUCUCGCUGUCGUGUGUGACCUUCGCUUUAUUUCUUCAUUGGUAUAAUUCGUAAACGAAGCUUUUAUUUUCAUUUUCACCGUGCGAUUUGAUGAUGCAGCAGAGCACACGCAUUGGUUUUGGUGUGCAAAAGCAAAUCUUUUCCGCAUGACGCAAACAAUUCUUUGGCGAGGAUGAAUCCCUUCUGUAUCAAACGCAACGAAUUAUCCCUUCUCGAACAACAAACAGAAAACGUCUUUCUCUCGCACACCGGCGAGCGGUGGGUUUUGUCCCGCGUCGCGUGCCCGGAGGCUGGGCCGCUGAACCCCGCUUCUGGCCCGAUCAUCACGCAGGGGCCGAUCACGAACGUGGACAACAUGUCGCCCCUGGUUGACCCAGUUUGGGAGGACCGGUUCGGGAUCCGCAUCGCGGAUAAGAAAGCGCUAGAAGAGUUCCAACCCGGGCACACCAGCAACGGGUCAGUGACUCCACCGGGAGGAGGAACAACUGCUGCUUCUAACACCGGGACGACCACAACUUCUGCCAACAUGCCCGGCGUAAUACUAUCAACCUCCGCGAACAACGCUGGCGCAUCGACAACUACAGUAGAUCCAAACUACCGUUCGGAGUCGAAGGAGAUCGAAAUCGCGGGAUUGUAUGUCGACCUGACCUUCCCUCCGUCGGACAAAGCGCUGACCGGCACAACUACCCUGGACCACCUGAAGCCUCACCGGUGGAAAGAAUUCGAGCCGGUCUGGAUGCGCGCGGGGCAUCUGUUCAAGGGACAGUCCGUCCGGUUGUAUGAGCAGAUCACGCCGCUGGAUUUCCAGAGUUACAGCAGUGUACUGGAUAGCCAGUGGAUCAUGGCGGCGUUGAGCAGCUUGGCGGAGUACCCGAACUACCUGGAAGACAGGAUUUUUGUCGACAAGGGGGACACGAACAACCUCCGGGGGGAGUACAAGGUGAACUUGUUCGACAUCGGCAUGCAGGAGUGGGUCACGGUCACCGUCGACGACCACUUACCCUGCGACGGCCGGAAAUUGUCGUCCACUUUCAACCAGCCACUGUUCGCGCAACCGGUGCGCACGCAGAUCUUCCCGUGCAUCGCGGAAAAGGCGUUCGCGAAACUCUACGGCAGCUACUCGGCGUUGGAGCCCGGGCAGUGCGGGUUCGCGUGGCUCGCGUUGACGGGCACGACCAGGGUGGAGAGGUGGAGCAUCAGCAACCCGUUUUUUCAGCAAAAGGAACAACAUUUAGGAGAAGAAGGUACAACUUCUAAUCCCGCUGGCGCAAACGGGACGAACAAUAAUGGUGCAACUACGACGACGUCUGCGUCCUCGAGUGGGGCGAACAAUAAGAACGGUUCUAUCGAGAGAGAAAACAGUUCAACAUCAGGGAUGAACAAAAGCAAAAAGGAAUCCAAGAAGGACAAGAAGAACAGAAAAGGAUCAGGAACAAUAAACACCGGUAGCGACGAAGAGAUUCAGCCCGGCCCGCAGCUUCCGGUUCCGAAAAAGUCGCACUUUUUCUCGCUGGAAAACAACAGCGACCAGCUGGACUACAGCAAGAUUUUCGGCGAGCUCGCCGUGCCCUGCUUUGAAGGCAACCGGCAGGUGUACGCGAAGACGGGUCGGAAGGAGGGGAUGGAAGACCUGUGGACCUAUUUGGUGGAUUGCGACCGGAAAAACUACAUUUUGACGGGGGGGAUUUCCCCGCACCGACGGGCGCCGAGCGAAACGUGCGGGCUACUCCCCGGGCAGACGUACACGAUUUUGAAGCUCUUCACCCUAGAGGUGUCCUCCAGCAGACCAACGUCCGCGCAGCAGGCGAAGGAGAUCCAGACCAACAGUAGUCCUGCUGGUGGUUGUUCUACUUCUAACGGCGCGCAGAACAUCAACCAAAAGCAGACCGUCCGGCUGGUGCAGCUGCGAAACCGCUUCCUGGAGUUCGCCUGGCGCGGCCGGUGGCACCCGGCCUGCCCGCUGUGGUGCAACCUUCCCAUGGAAACCAGGCAGCAGCUGGAGCCGUGGACCUUCAAUUUCAACGCGGGAAACGACAACAACCGCCCGUCGUCCAGCAACGGCGCUUUCUACGUGCAAUGGGAGGACUUCGUGUAUGGGGCUCUCAAACGUUACAUUCUCAGCUGUUACAUGAAUUUGUCAUGCAAAAGCACCAUUAUCAUUCUCACGAUCAAGCUGCUCCGCAUGACAAAUUUGCGGAGGGCUAAAUAGCACUAUACUCCGUCCCAAAUCUGUAAUGCAAAAGGCGCAAUCUUCCUCCUUUCACUUUUGCCCUUCUUGCAUUGCAAAUUCAUGUAACAGUUGAGAAUGUAACGUUUGAGAACGCCAUAUCGUGUGCGUGUUCCAGUCCGUUGGGGUGUGCAAGAAGCGGGACCUCGGGCCGAAGCGCGGGGCGGCGAUUGAGCACUACCGAAACACGGUGACCUAUCCUGAGUAAAAACGUACCCACCCCAGAGUUGUCAUGCAGAUUUGCCAUGACAGGAACAUUUGUGAUGCGCAACCCCAUGACAGGCAUUUUCAAUUGUGUUUGGGAACUUGUAAUGCUGUAAACAGGAUCAGAAGGUCGAUUUGUGAUGCGGCUUUCCUUGCUAACUUGCACUACCUUACGGACUGAAACUUGUCAUGCGUGACUCACAAAGCUCCUAGGUUUGUGUUGCAAAAUCCCCAUCCUGACUCUGGUGUGGGUACGUUUUUACUCAGGAUAUGACCGGGUCGAAAUUCAAGAGAGCGACGACGGGGGAUUUGAGCGCGUCCACAAGCAUCUCCGCUGGGCCGUCGGGCGCAAGCAUCAUCUCGCCGGGGCAGCUGUCGCAGAGCCAGGAGGGAAGUCAAGACAACGGGGUGGACACGGUGUGAUGCUGUUCCUGGUUGAAAUAAAAUUCUGAAUUCUGCGGUUUUAUUUUUUUCACAGGUUCCGCGCGCCUCUCGGUCUGUUGGUUCUUCGAUUUCAUCAAGGAAAAGACUGAAGCAAAUUAUGUUUGUAAAUUGGGAUUAAUCAUUCAAAAGUGAUACUGUUGUUCACCUCCGGCGACAACGUCAUGGUCCUUUUAUUCCGAAAAAAGUUUGACGUCUUUUCCUUUCGCUCUUUGCCAUUUUGAUGCCCUCGUUCUGCUUUUGACUUUUUCCUGUAGUUUUGAUGCGAAGUUGUAGCAGCUUUAUGAAGUGAUAAUGUAGUCACAUCUGAAUCUAAAGAUUCAGCACUACUAAAUAAUUUUCCGCCUCCUGUGCUUGGCUCAAAAAUUUGCUGCCAUAUGUAUCGGUACACCUCGCACUGUUAAAAUUUUCCGCGAAAAUGCAGAAGGAAUGUACCGACUAGACCAGCCUUGCAUAUCGAUGGUAUAACAGAUAGUUAUCAUUUUCCUCUAACCCCUCGACUUUCAAUAAGCAUUUAGCAGAUCUAUUGCUCCACUUUUGUUGCACGGCAAAAUCUAAUUCAGGAGUUUCUGAUUCAUUUUUUCCUUGUAGCAAAAAUCGUAGCAAAUAGAACCCUGUUUUUUUGAUUAAACUCUACUGCUU